UUCGCCUCCAUCCUCACCUUAAACCCUAGUAAUAAAGAAGAGACGAAGCCAAAAACCCAAGCGUAGCGGUCUCCGUCGUCGUCGUCAAAAUCUCAUUUUUCUCCGGCAGUUCCAUCUUCAAAUCCUCUUACGGAGGCAAUGGGAAGUGAUAGCGAGGCAGAGAAGUCGCGUCAAAAGGACAAAGAAAAGGAGAAGAAGAAGCUGUUGGCUCUUGCUCCAAUUGCCAAACCCCUUGCCGGCAAAAAGCUCUGCAAGCGUACCCUCAAGCUCGUUCGCAAAGCUGCUGAGUAUAAGUGCCUGAAGCGGGGUGUGAAGGAGGUUGUCAAAAGCAUAAGGCGCGGUCAAAAAGGAUUGUGUGUAAUAGCUGGAAACAUUUCCCCCAUUGACGUGAUCACUCAUGUUCCAAUCUUAUGUGAAGAAUCAGAUAUUCGUUACGUAUAUGUUCCCUCCAAGGAAGAUCUUGCCAAUGCAGGGUCAACGAAGAGGCCAACAUGUUGUGUGCUGGUACAAACAAAGCCAAACAAAGGGGAGCUUGGAUCAACUGAACAAGAGAAACUCAAAGCUGACUUUGACCAAGUUGUAGCUGAAGUAUCAGAACUUACUAGCACUCUUUUUUGAAAAGUAAAGUUGUUUUCUUUAACUUCUCUCAAUGUACUUGUAGCAUUUCUCUUCAAACUGGUUAGUGUACUCUGUUUUACCCUCAAAUUUGUUUGGUCUUAUGCCAUUUCUACUCAA